AUGGACUUGCAACAAAUAACUACACAUGAAACGUUGGGAAUACGAGACAUCACACUUCCUACUGACGUUAUCACUGAGUUUGUGAGCAUUGUUUCAGAUCAAACUAGUCAACCAACCAAAGAUUCAUAUCAUGGUGCCAUCGGAGAUAUAAAUGCUGAAAGGGGGACAACUAUACCGAGUAGCACAAAAAGUGAAUCAAGUCUAGAAACUGAUAUGGACUCUGAAUUUCAAGUUACUGCAAUGUCUUUUAGUGCGGAUAAUGCAAGAAUUAAUACAGAAAGGUCAACCACUGAAAAACAAGAUGAACUAAGAACGAGAACUGGUACGGCGUUAACCACUGAAAUCUUGACUGCAUUCUCAACCCAGAUUCCAUUGUCCAGCAGAUCAGACGAUCUCAGCUUUGUAGACAACAAUGUAACAAACGAAGAAUCGGAUGAAAAAAUGACAGUCAGUUCUGAAUUAACAACUGAACCUCGUCCGCAAUGGUCUUCAUCUACCCCAAUUGGAUCGAUGCAAGAGACGACAGAUAUCGUCACCGGAAUCGCCAGACCAACUCAAAGUCAAGAAGUUGUGUCGACUGAAAUCGAUAUCCAACAAAGAACCGCAGAUGAUACAUUGGGAAUACAAGACAUCACUCUUCCAACUGAAGUUGUCACUGAGUCUGUGAGCAUUGUUUCAGAUCAAACGAGUCAACCAACCAAAGAUUCAGUUUAUGGUGCCAUCGGAGAUAUAAAUGCUGAAAGGGGGACAACUUUACCAAGUAACACAAAAAGCGAAUCAAGUCUAGAAACUGAUUGGGACUCUGAAUUUCAAGCUACUACAAUGUCUUCUAGUGAUGAUAAUGAAAGAAUUAAUACAGAAAGGGCAACCACUGAAAAACAAGAUGCACUAAGACCGAGAACUGGUACGGCGUUAACCACUGAAAUCUUUACUGCCCUCUCAACCCAGAUUCCAUUGUCCAGUAGAUCAGACGAUCUCAGCUUUGGGGUCAACAAUGUAACAAACGAAGAAUCGGAUGAAAAAAUGACAGUCAGUUCUGAAUUAACAACUGAACCUCGUCCGCAAUGGUCUUCAUCUACCCCAAUUGGAUCGAUGCAAGAGACGACAGAUAUCGUCACCGGAAUCGCCAGACCAACUCAAAUUCAAGAAGUUGUGUCGACUGAAAUCGAUAUCCAACAAAGAACCGCAGAUGAUAUAUUGGGAAUACAAGACAUCACUCUUCCAACUGAAGUUGUCACUGAGUCUGUGAGCAUUGUUUCAGAUCAAACUAGUCAACCAACAAAAGAUUCUGUUUAUGGUUCCAUCGGAGAUAUAACGACUGAAAGGGGGAAAACUAUACCAAGUAACUCAAAAAGCGAAUCAAGUCUAGAAACUGAUUGGGACUCUGAAUUUCAAGUUACUACAAUGUCUUUUAGUGUGGAUAAUGCAAGAAUUAAUACAGAAAGGGCAACCACUGAAAAACAAGAUGCACUAAGAACGAGAACUGAUAUGACUUUAGCCACUGAAAUCUUUACUGCCGUCUCAACCCAGAUUCCAUUGUCCAGCAGAUCAGACGAUCUCAGCUUUGUAGACAACAAUGUAACAAACGAAGAAUCGGAUGAAAAAAUGACAGUCAGUUCUGAAUUAACAACUGAACCUCGUCCGCAAUGGUCUUCAUCUACCCCAAUUGGAUCGAUGCAAGAGACGACAGAUAUCGUCACCGGAAUCGCCAGACCAACUCAAAGUCAAGAAGUUGUGUCGACUGAAAUCGAUAUCCAACAAAGAACCGCAGAUGAUACAUUGGGAAUACAAGACAUCACUCUUCCAACUGAAGUUGUCACUGAGUCUGUGAGCAUUGUUUCAGAUCAAACUAGUCAACCAACAAAAGAUUCACCAGUUGAUGGUAACGUGGGAGAUAAUAUAGGAGAAAGAUGGACAACUAUACCAAGUAAAACAGAAAGCGAAGUAAGUCUUGAAACUGAAUUCAAUGCUGGAUUUCAAACAUAUACUGUAACAGAAGUCCAUUCUCAAACCCCACCAUCCACAUCACUUACAACUAUCGUAACUGAUAUUGCCAGAUCAUCUCAUAUUCAAGAAGUCUUAUCGACUGAAAUGGACUCGCAACAAAUAACUACAGAUGAAGUAUUGGGAAUACGCGACAUCACACUUCCUACUGACGUUGUCACUGAGAUUGUGAACAUUGUUUCAGAUCAAACUAGUCAACCAACAAAAGAUUCAGUUCAUGGUACCAUCGGAGAUGAUAUAGCAGAAAGUGGGACAACUAGACCAAGUAAAAGAGAAAGCGAAUCAGGUCUAGUAUAUGUAUUGUACACAAAAUUUCAAGAAUAUACUGUAACAGACGUCCAUUCUCGAACCCCACCAUCCACAUCACCUACAACUAUCGUAACUGAUAUUGCCAGAUCGUCUCAUAUUCAAGAAGUCUUAUCGACUGAAAUAGAUUCUCAACAAAUAACUACACAUGAAAAAUUGGGAAUACAAGACAUCACACUUCCUACUGACGUUGACACUGAGUUUGUGAGCAUUGUUUCAGAUCAAACUAGUCAACCAACCAAAUAUUCAUUUCAUGGUGCCAUCGGAGAUAUAAAUGCUGAAAGGGGGACAACUAUACCAAGUAACACAAAAAGCGAAUCAAGUCUAGAAACUGAUUGGGACUCUGAAAUUCAAGCUACUACAAUGUCUUCUAGUGAGGAUAAUGCAAGAAUUAAUACAGAAAGGUCAACCACUGAAAAACAAGAUGAACUAAGAACGAGAACUGAUACGACUUUAGGCACUAAAAUCUUUACUGCCGUCUCAACCCAGAUUCCCUUGUCCAGCACAUUAGACGAUCUCAGCAAUGUGGACGACAAUGUAACAAACGAAGAAUCGGAUGAAAAAUUGGCAGUCAGUUCUGAAUUAACAACUGAACCUCGUCCGCAGUGGUCUUCAUCUACUCCAAUUGGAUCGAUGCAAGAGACGACAGAUAUCGUCACCGGAAUCGCCAGACCAACUCAAAUUCAGGAAGUAGUGUCGACUGAAAUCGAUAUCCAACAAAGAACCGCAGAUGAUAUAUUGGGAAUACAAGACAUCACUCUUCCAACUGAAGUUGUCACUGAGUCUGUGAGCAUUGUUUCAGAUCAAACUAGUCAACCAACAAAAGAUUCAGUUCAUGCUACCAUCGGAGAUGAUAUAGCAGAAAGAGGGACAACUAUACCAAGUAAAACAGAAAGCGAAUCUAGUCUUGAAACUGAAUUGAAUACUGAAUUUCAAACAUAUACUGUAACAGAAGUCCAAUCCCCAACGCCAUCUUCCACAUCACCUAAAAUUAUUGUCACUGAUAUUGCCAGACCAUCUCAUAUUCAAUACCUCUUAUCGACUGAAAUGGACUCGCAACGAAUAACUACACAUGAAACAUUGGGAAUACGAGACAUCACACUUCCUACUGACGUUGUCACUGAGUUUGUGAGCAUUGUUUUGGAUCAAACUAGUCAACCAACCAAAGAUUCAGUUCAUGGUACCAUCAGAGAUAAUAUACGGGAAAGAGGAACAACUAUCCAAAGCAAAAUAGAAAGCGAAUUGAGUCUAGGAACUGAUUGGGACACUGAAUAUCAAACAUAUACUGUAACGGAAGUCCUAUCCCCAACGCCAUCUUCCACAUCACCUCCAACUAAAAUCAUGUCCACUGCAAUCGAUGGUGAUCUGAGGAGCACUGACCAAUCCCAAGAUCUUAUAUCUUCAUAUCUAGGAACAGAACAAGCUACUGAGAUGCUUACUAGUGAGGAUAAUGUAAGAGAUAAGGCACAACAGGUAACAACUGUACAACAAACUACACUUAGAUCGGGACGUCGCACGACUUUGGCCACUGAAAAUUUUACUGGCGUCUCAACGCAUAUUCUGAUGACGAGCAGAACAGAUGAUUCAAGCUCGGUGGACAUUAAAAUGACCGACGUAGAAUUUGAUGAAAAAACGGCUUUCAUUUCUGAAUUACCAACGGAAGUUCGACCGGAAUGGUCUUCAUCUACACCAAUCGGAUCAAUGCGAAGGACGACAGACAUCGUCACAGAAAUUAAAAGACCAACUCAUAUUCAAGAAUUCAUAUCGUCUGAAAUGGACUCACAACAAAUAACUACAGAUAAACCAUUGGGAAUAAAAGACAUCACACUUCCUACUGACGUUGCCAUUGAGUUUGUUAGCAUUGUUUUAGAUCAAACGAGUCAACCAACCAAAUAUUCACCAGUGGAUGGUACCAUCGGAGAUAAUAUAGCAGACAGGGGGACAACUACCCAGACUAAAACAGAUAGCGAAAUAAGUCUAGGGACUGAAUGGGACAUUGAAUUUGAAACAUAUACUGUAACAGAUGUCCAAUCUUCAAAGCCAUCUUCUACAUCACCUAAAACUAUUGUCACUGAUAUUGCCAGACCAACUCAUAUUCAAGAACUCGUAUCGGCUGAAAUGGACUCACAACAAAUAACUACAGAUGAAGCAUUGGGAAUACAAGACAUCACUGACAGCAUUUCAACUACGAUCGACGGAGAUCCGAAGAGCACUGACCAAUCCUCUGACAUGAAAUCUAGUUUUCUAGGAACAGAAACACCUCUAACAAUGCCUACUACUGAGGGAAAACCUGGCACUAAGCCUAAGACAGAGGGAGUAUUGACAGAAAUCCCCGAUACACCAACAUUGGAGGGAGAUGGAGACUUAACUACUGAAAUCAUAUCAGGUAUCUCUACCCAGAGCAUCAUGACAAGCAAAUCAGAUGACUUGAAUCUAUGGGAUACAACAACGCCUUUGCUCUCCAAAUCAUCUACAAACACGGGUACUGAUUUACCUACAUUUAGUUUCGAGGCGAUAGUUACGGAAAAGUCAGAUAUUGUAAGUGACAGUCUCGAAAUAACUGAAACGGAAAAGGGAAUUUCCCAAGAAAUGGACUUCGAAAGCGCAGCCACAGACAAGCCAUUUCAGAUGACUGAUGCAACAUACUCUACUCUCUCUGUCACACAUGAUGUGGCUUCUAUUUUAGAGAGAACAGUAGGACAUACCAAGAAACAACAUUCUAAACAUACAUUCCCAAUUGGAACGCCUACCGACAGAAGCGUAACAGAAGACGAGUGGUAUACUGAAACCAUUACGUACAGCCUAGAAGGAAAAGAAUCGUCGAGGGGACAUGGGCCAAACACUAGCUCCAACAGAGACACGCACAACUGCUGUAUCUACUGA